UUCUUGAAGUGAGCCAUCGGUUCAGAUAAAUAUAUUUAUAUUUAUUAACUUUGCAAUACUUGUAUAUUGGCUCUAGCACGCUGCUAUAGGUUGUUCCUCUUACCAGCAGGCGAUGGCUUUAAACAAACUAAAAGCAAUAUAGAACAUGGCUAAAAGCUAGUUUCAAUCACUUUCACUUGUCCCAGCUGAAAGAGAAAAAAAACAAUAGUGUCUGUGUAUACAAAAAAAAAAAAAAAAAAAAAAAAAAAAAAAAAAAAAAAAAAAAAACGAAAAUAAAUAACGAAAAGGAAAGCGCAACCCAGCUCCAAUGUGUGUUCGUCUAUUGUUGUGACAAUCAACUGACUGUGAUUUACGAAGCAACGAAGGAACAAACAUCGAGCGAACUGCCCCUCUCACAACAUAACAUAACAGGAAAUCAAAAAGAGCCUGGAGCUGGCUACGACAGCGGUGGUGCCGCCAACAAACACACACAUUCAUACAGACAUACACACAUACAUACAGACACACUCACAGAUUCACGCAGAGCCGUGCCCCCUAUUCGGCAGAAUGGGCAACGAUGACAAUCGUCGAAGGAAAUCUCCCUGUAAUUGCUGUUUGUCCGUCUUCAAGUGGAUACCCGUCUUAUUCAUAUUCGGAGUGAUCGCGUGGUCCUACUAUGCCUAUGUGGUGGAGCUAUGUGUUCUGAAAACCGAGAAUAAUGUUGCGAAGAUAUUUCUGCUGAUUUUCUAUCACAUCGCUCUCGUAUUGUUCCUUUGGUCCUAUUGGCAAACUAUUAACACGCCAGUGGGCCGCGUGCCGGAUCAGUGGCGCAUACCGGAUGAAGAAGUGAAUCAGCUAUUCCGGGCCGAUAAUCAAGAGACUCAAAAGCGCAUUCUAAACAACUUUGCGCGCAAUUUGCCGGUUACGAAUCGCACAAUCAAUGGCUCUGUUAGAUUCUGUGAGAAGUGCAAGAUCAUCAAACCGGAUCGAUCGCAUCAUUGCAGCGUGUGCAGUUGCUGUGUACUGAAAAUGGAUCAUCAUUGUCCAUGGGUGAACAAUUGCGUCAACUUCUCCAAUUACAAGUUUUUCGUCCUAUUUUUGGGCUAUGCGCUGGUCUAUUGCCUGUACGUGGCGUUCACCACACUUAACGACUUCAUAAUGUUCGUCCAGAAUGAAAAUGGUCUUGCUGUCUCGGCACAGGGACAGCCAGGUGGCAGCGGCAUGGGACGAUUUCACAUACUCUUUCUAUUCUUCAUAUCGAUCAUGUUUGCCAUUAGCUUGGUGAGCUUAUUUGGAUACCACAUCUAUCUGGUGCUCGUCAACCGCACCACACUGGAGGCAUUUCGUGCUCCCAUUUUUCGCGUUGGUGGACCGGACAAGAAUGGCUAUAAUUUGGGACGUUUUGCCAAUUUUUGCGAGGUAUUUGGUGACAAAUGGCAGUAUUGGUUCUUGCCAGUAUUUACCAGUAAGGGCGAUGGAUUAUACUUCGUGACGUCCACUGAUCAAUUUGGCAAUGGGAAUGCCCAACGAUACGAGGCUAUGGGCAGGACGGCAGCAGGGGCAGCAACCAGCAACAGGUUAGAUGCCGACCACACAGAUAAGUUGAUUGACGCAAUUCCACUCAAUAAUCACCAACCUCAUCUGGAGCUAGACAACGUCCAAUCAUCUAGCAACAAUCAUCCACUAAUACCGUCUAGUCAAGUCACUGUCAACAUAGAACAGACAGCAGACGCAGCCGCAGCAACGACGAAGACAGCUCCAACCCUCAACAAUCAUGUCGUCGAUAUGAUCGGCGAUCAAGUAGUUCCCAAGGAUCAUUUUCAGCUGAAUGGUCAUCCAACUGCGAUAGCUGACGAUCGAAUUGUGUGAAAUGCAAAUCAAUUCAAGUAGCAAGUUUUUCCAUUGGAUGUAAUGCGAUGCUAGCUGCUAGAGUGUGUGCGUGUGUAUGUGUGUCUGGAAACAUAUAUAUGUGUGUAUUGAAUGUAUACUCGUAAGUCUUAUGAAGGGGUUUCGAUGGGAUAUAAUGUUAAC